CCGAGGUGGCCUCUAGACUGAAAUGUCACCUCGUGCUGGCGGGUCGCGUUGCGUUUCUUCCAAAGCAAUGUCAACAUGCCCCGCUAUUUGCCCCUCACCUUCCUCCAACGAGCGAAGUCCAUCGCCCUCACACAUUCACCUUCCCGAAUAGCACCGGCUUACGCACCGCGAAUAAGCGCGUUUUGCAUUGGACGAGGCUUCACUUCCUCCGCGCCUACACAAAGACUUGUCGCAACGCCUAGGCUGUUGGACAAAUACACACCUGAUCGCAUACCGAACGCCGCCUGGCCCUAUAUCUACAAGCCAUUUGACAAGAUGCCAAACCUCGACACAUACUUCAAGCAGGUGGACAGCCUGCAGGACAAGUUCAUUGAGAGGCUGAGGGAAGCUGUUGCGAUCCCCAGUAUCAGCUCAGAAGACAACAGGAGGCCUGAUGUUGUCAAGGUAAGCAUCGCUCGAGUAUCGUAAAGAUAGUUUGGCCUGACAUGAUUUCAGAUGGGCCACUGGCUCUCGGACCAGAUCAAAGCGCUUGGCGGUACUGUUGAGCUUCGCGAGCUCGGAAAGCAGCCUGGUCGCGAACAUCUAACCCUCCCACCGUGCCUCCUCGCACGCCUUGGAGACGACCCGAAGAAGGCAAACGUUCUCCUCUACGGCCAUUACGAUGUACAGCCUGCGCAAAAGUCGGACGGCUGGGCGACCGACCCUUUUACCCUCACCAUCGACGAUAAGGGCCGCAUGUACGGACGUGGUAGCACGGAUGACAAGGGCCCCGUGCUUGGAUGGUUGAACGCGAUCGAGGCACACCAAAAGUCUGGUCUGGAACUGCCGGUUAAUCUCCUCAUGUGCUUUGAGGGUAUGGAGGAGAACGGCUCAGAGGGCCUAGACGACACUAUCCGCGCGGAAGCGAAGGGGUUCUUCAAGGACGCAGAUGUGGUCUGCAUCUCGGACAACUACUGGCUGGGAACGGAGAAGCCUUGCUUGACAUACGGAGUCCGUGGAUGCAACUACUACUCGCUCGAGAUCGCCGGGCCUGGCCAGGACCUGCACUCUGGUGUCUACGGUGGUGUUACUCAUGAGCCCAUGACCGACCUUGUCCGCAUCAUGAACUCCCUGGUCGAUCCAGAUGGCAAGAUUCUCAUCCAAGGUCUUGACGACUUGGUAGCACCCAUGACCGAGCAAGAGGCUGCCUUAUAUCCACCCAUUGCCUUCACAAUGGAUGACCUGAAGGAGUCGCUAGGCGGCGAGGUUGCGAUCCACGGCACCAAGGAGGAGGCGCUCAAGCACAAGAUGCGAUACCCAUCACUUUCGUUGCACGGUAUUGAGGGAGCGUUCUACUCCGAAGGAGCCAAGACCGUCAUCCCUGCGCGAGUCGUUGGAAAGUUCUCCAUUCGUACCGUACCUAACAUGGAGAUUGACGAGGUCACCAAGCUUGUCGAGAAGCACGUCAACGCUGAGUGGGCCAAGCUCAAGUCCAAGAACACAUUCAAGUUCAACGUAUUGCACUGCGGCAAGUGGUGGGUUGAGGACACUAACCACCCCAACUAUACUGCUGCGGCAAAGGCUGUCGAGCGCGUAUUUGGUGUCAAGCCAGAUAUGACCCGUGAGGGUGGAAGUAUCCCAGUCACUCUUACUUUCCAGGAAGAGCUCGGCAAGAAUGUGCUGUUGCUUCCAAUGGGUAGCUCAACGGACGCUGCGCACUCCAUCAACGAGAAGCUGGACAAGAGGAACUACAUUGAGGGUACGAAGCUGUUGGGAGCAUAUCUGCACUAUGUUGCGACCGAGCUCAAGCGCAACCAGUAAGGGUUGGUCUUGAAGUAGCCUCGCAAAUAUGAGUAAAUGAACAAAUAACAUUGAACAC